AAACGGAGGAGGCAAAUCGACAUAUCAGUGGUUUGAUGUCGGCAGUUACUCCCUAGCUCCUUAUUUCAACAACUCUACAUAGGAUCGCUUUAAUAAACCUACUACCUACAACAUCUCAAUCCAAGCUAAACAAAACCUGACCAUUUCAUCCCGAAUAUCCUAAAUUCAUCGAGCAUAUUGGACGAUCUUAUCACGACUAUGUCGACAAAUCCCUUAGGUCCGUCGGCCAUCCUUCAGCAGAUGGCCGAUGCUCUACCCACUCAUCCCCAGGGCGACACCACUUCUGAUUUGAGCAGCUCCCACGAAGCAUUGGCCCUAUUCGCCCAUGCCUGCAUGACAUCGCUUGGAUUUCGCCUCCUUGGCUUUGACGAAGAUAAACUUGAUGAGCCGCUAUGUCACGAGAUAGCUCCACGACUACCCCCAAACUGGAAUGCAUCCUUCAACACCUACGCAUUUGUGUAUGCGCAUCAGCAAUCUGCGCUUCGCUUUGUCAUUAGGACUGACCGCAUGGGAGGCAAAGCCGAGAUUCGCGGUUUGGGCAUUAACCAUGAUCGCAUCACACGCGUGGAAGUAACAAUUAAAGACUUCGUGUCUAACGCAGCCCUUCCCGUCAGAAUCACUAUUAAUGAGGAUGGAGAAGACCGCUCUAACCUACCGCAAUCACUGCGGAAUGUUUUCAUAUCCGAGAGCCGUAUUGAGGAUCUAGCCAAACUCAUUAAGAUCAACAUUGUUCAAAGGCUUUUGCCGUCGCUACAGAAGGAAGGUUACGAAGAAUCUCCCGACGACCGAGCUGCGCGCGACGAUGCCGACGAAGCCGGUCGGAGACCACCGAGACAACCGGUCAUGCCAAAUCCACUACCCCAGCCGGCUCAGCCGUACCCAUUCAACGACCCACUUAACCCACCUCCACGCAACCCCGUCCCGGCGGGAGAUUUCCCUCCUCCGGGCUUCGAAGACCCUUACGAUAUCAACCGUCCGGCGCGAAAUCCAUUACAGCCCGGCCGAACUCCGUUUGGAAAUCUUGGAGCCGAUGAUUUGAACCCGCCUGGGCUGGGACCACAUGAUCCCCUACGUCCCGGAUUGGGUAUCGGAGGGGGGCUACCGCAACCUGGAGGCCGAGGUAUGCACCCGACGUUUGACGAUCCUCUUUUUGGAGGCACAGGUGGCGGUGAUGGUUUCUACGAGCCCCAAGUGCCACCUGGAGCUCGCUACGAUCCUUUAGGACCGGGAGGUGUUCCGAGACUAGGAGGUCGUAGGCCCGGUGGUGGUAACGGACCAUUUGGCGGCGGGUUCGGUGGUGGAUUCGGCGGAUUCGGCGGAGGUGAUAUCAUCUAAUAGGUGAUUCGAUGUGGACAUGAGUAUCCGUGGAGGGAGAUUGUAACACUGGAUUAUGUAUCCUUAACUCCUUACUGUCAUUACUAGCACUCUCAACACGGGUAUAAUUCAAACAAAGGAACCAUA